UUAGCAUGGCCAUGGCACUAUUUGACCGGGCUCCCCGUUCUUUACUGCUAACAGUAAUAAUGUUGCUCCUCCCCUUUCUACGUGCUGCUGCUGCUGCUGCUGGGUGCCUCCCAUCCGAGAGGUCCUCCCUCCUCGGCUUAAAACACGGUGUCUCCUUCGACGCCCAACGAAGAAGAAGCCCUUUGGUUUCAUGGAAACCUGGAUCCAACUGCUGCGACUGGGAGGGAGUGAGCUGCGACUCCGAAUCUGGCCACGUCGCCGGCCUUAACCUCACUAACGCUGCCAUCAAGGGUAAACUCAGCGGUAGCCUCUUCAACCUCACCCACCUCGUAUCUUUAGACCUUCACUCAAACCUCCUCACGGAUACGAUCCCCGCUUCUAUUGGAAACUUGACCCGACUAAAGUUCUUAGAUUUAAGCAACAACUCACUUUCUGGAUCGGUACCAGACUCGUUGUUUAACCUCCCUGCUUUGGAGUCACUGGUCCUCUCUGAAAACCAAUUGGCCGGCGAGUUUAAAGAGUUUUCAAACCUGUCGACGUCUUUAAGCUAUGUCGAUUUGAGCAACAACCAGCUGCGAGGACACAUUCCGAGGUCCGUAUGCGAAGCACGGGGCCUCGAGGUCCUCGACUUAUCCGGAAAUAGUUUGAGUGGUCCGAUCCCGUCGUGUCUCUUACGUAGCCCUGCUCUUUAUGUGUUGAAUCUGAGAGGGAACCAGCUUCAAGGAGCUGUUGAUCCCCAACACUUCAACAGAGGAUGCAUGUUGGAGGCGCUGAUCCUCAGUGACAACCACUUGGAAGGCCCAGUCUCCCAAAACCUGAAGAAUUGUAGGUCCCUAGAGGUUCUUGACGUCGGCAACAAUCGUAUUGUGGGCACUUUUCCAUCUUGGCUUGGAGAGAUGGUUAAUAUUUCCGUCGUUAUUCUUCGGAGAAAUUCUUUUCGUGGGCCGGUCGAAAUUGGGGAAAGCCUUACAAGUUUUUCAAAGCUGCAAAUAUUUGAUUUGUCUUCCAACCACUUCAAUGGAGAUUUACCUUCAGAAUGUUUCGACAGUUUUAUAUCCAUGGUGAAUUCCUCCGCUGUGGAUCCACUGGAUAGUAUAACUUCUGAUGGUGGUUAUAAUUACGAACUCACGGUCAAAAUUAAUGGGUAUGCUAUUAACUUUGCGAGGAUGUUAGCGAUAUCAUAUACAUUUGUGGAUUUCUCAAGCAACAACUUUCAGGGUGACAUUCAUGAGGUGAUUGGUAAACUCCACGGCCUCUACAGUUUGAAUUUAUCACGUAAUUCUCUCAUAGGAAACAUUCCUUCGAUAAUUGGAAACAUGGGGCGGCUUGAAAGGUUGGACCUCUCCGGAAAUCAUCUGUGGGGAGAGAUCCCUCAGGAAUUGACUUCUCUCACGUUCUUAGCGUUUUUAAACCUCUCAAGCAAUAAGUUGAUGGGAAGAAUUCCUCAAAACAAUCAGUUUAAUACGUUCACAAAUCGUUCUUACUUGGAUAAUGAAGGACUAUGUGGGAGCCCAUUAUCGAAGCAGUGUGGCAAUUUAAGUCCGAACACAUCAAGUAUAUUGCCAUCUGAGACCUCUGAUGAUUCAUCAUCUUCAACCGAUAUCAUUGUAAUUGCACUGUUUUUUGGUGUGGGAUUUGGCGUGGGUGUGGCAACGAUCCUUGUGCUUCAGAAUGUAAAACAGAGGUUUUGGAAAAAGGCAAAAUGCUGUCAGUAUCUAGCUAGUUAUGAAACAUUUGUGGACGUAUAAGUUUUCCUUAUUUUGGGUAUAUAUACAUGCCCAAACCUCAGAUUGUAUCCAAUGAGUAAAAUAAAAUGGUUUGU